GCUGUUGCGUCUACAAUUUCCUUUCCGUUGUACUUGGUGAUACUAGAGUCCAGUGGUGUUUGUUUUUAUUUCACGCACUGUUUUUGCUCAUAAAGAGGAUUUCGAGUGUCUUUUAUGAGUAAUCAAAGGCAGCAGAAGCCUACGCUAACAGGCCAGCGUUUUAAAACUCGCAAAAGAGAUGAAAAGGAGAGGUUUGACCCUUCCCAGUUUCAGGAAAGUAUCGUACAAGGUCUGAACCAAACUGGCACAGACUUGGAAGCUGUCGCAAAGUUCCUUGAUGCCUCUGGUGCCAAACUUGACUACCGACGCUAUGCUGAGACUCUCUUUGACAUCCUGGUGGCUGGUGGAAUGCUGGCCCCAGGGGGUACCUUGUCAGACGACAUGACAUGCACAGACUUCUGUCUCUUCAAAGCACAAGAGGACAUGGAGACCAUGCAGGCGUAUGCACAGGUCUUUAACAAGCUCAUCAGACGUUACAAAUACUUGGAGAAAGGAUUUGAGGAGGAGAUUAAAAAGCUGCUACUGUUUCUCAAGGGCUUCACAGAGUCUGAGCGCAACAAGUUGGCCAUGCUAACAGGAAUUCUGCUAGCCAACGGCAAUAUCUCAGCAUCCAUCCUCAGCAGCCUCUUCAAUGAGAACCUGGUCAAAGAAGGUGUUUCAGCAUGCUUUGCUGUAAAACUCUUCAAAUCCUGGCUUUCUGAAAAGGACAUCAACUCUGUUGCUGCCAGUCUCCGAAAGGUUGGCAUGGACAACAGGCUCAUGGAGCUGUUCCCUGCCAACAAGCGCAGUUGUGAGCACUUCUCAAAGUACUUCACAGACGCUGGGCUCAAGGAGCUUUCGGACUUUGCCAGAAACCAGCAAUCCAUAGGUGCUCGCAAGGAGCUGCAGAAAGAGCUUGAGGAGCAGAUGUCACGUGGGGAGCCCCUCAAAGAUAUUAUCGUCUACACCCGAGAGGAAAUCAAGAAGAACAACAUCUCCGAGCAAACGAUGAUUGGACUAAUUUGGUCCAGUGUGAUGAGCUCUGUGGAGUGGAACAAGAAAGAGGAGCUAGUCACAGAACAAGCCAUCAAACAUUUAAAGCAAUACAGCCCACUGUUGAAGGCUUUUACCUCCCAGGGCCUCUCUGAACUUACUCUACUGCUGAAGAUCCAAGAAUAUUGUUAUGACAACAUCCACUUCAUGAAGGCCUUCCAGAAAAUUGUUGUACUGCUCUACAAAGCGGACGUCUUGAGCGAGGAGGCUAUUCUGAAGUGGUACAAUGAAGCCCACUUAGCCAAAGGAAAGAGUGUUUUCCUUGAACAGAUGAAGAAGUUUGUUGAAUGGCUCAAGAACGCAGAGGAAGAGUCCGAGUCUGAGGAAGAGGAAGCAGACUGAGCACUGGCUACAGCCACCAUCUUGAUUUGUAUUUUUACCUAAACACAGCACCAGAUGCAGUAGAAGGAUUUGUUACAGAAGUUUGUCUAUUUUUCUUUUUUCCUUUUCUAUUCUCUACCUCCUCAUACCUAGUUCAACAGUAAUGUAAGGGCUUUAAUACUGUUUUUAUUGUUUUUUUCUUGGAAAGAUAGUUCCCUUUAAAUUUUGCCAGUUUGAAGGCAUAUUUCACAGCUGUUGUAUUUCAUCAUGGAACUGUUAUUUGCCAGAGGUCUGUCUGUGUAGCUGUGUAGAUGAUAUCUUGGUCCUCUGGGGGGGGCUUUGAAUUUAUUUCCAGUUUUUAGAUUCAUUAUUGUUGAUGAAGCUGUGCUGUUUCAAACAGUAAUGGUGGUGGUGGCAAUGCCCCAUAAAAUGAAAUUUAAUUGUUCCAUACAUAACAGAAACAUGCUAGCUUUGUAGGGUUUUAUUCUCUUUACCACACAGUUUGACUUUUUAAAAAUAAAUGGAAAUUCAUGGUUUUCA